CAUUAGUUUAUAUAGAGACGUUCCGUCCGCUCGAAAUUUCAGUUACGACACUCCCAACGGCGAAAUAUUGCGUAAAAUACUGUUUUGCCUCCCGCUUUACCGGCGUUUCAAUCAAACAUCGGAAAUGAUUUUCCUUUAUUUACUGGGUACUUUGGGCCUGUGCUCCGUAACUGCUGCUCCCAAAUCAACACUCAUCGAUGAGGAUUCGCCACGACUUGCAGCUCGCAACAGUAUAGUGCUCAGUGCGGCUUGGACCGCGUCCACCCUGACUCCGUGGGUCGCCCUAUUGAAUUCUCCCAAUUACGUUUAUUCUCCACUCGGUGUUUAUAUGACUCUGUCGAUGGCAUCAUUCGGAGCGAACGGAGCGUACAAAAAUUCGUUGAAAUAUCUUCUACAGCAAAUCGUAGAUGACCAAAAAACUGGAAUGAAAGUAUUCAUCGAUCAUUUUCAAAAUUUCGAGCGAACUGGACUGCACAUGGCCAACGCUUUUUACGUUUCUCCCGAUAUCUCUGUUCGCCCGGAAUUCAAAAGAACUAUCGAGGAACGUUUCGGUAUGACGCCGCGGAAUUUGACAAGGAACGUCCAAAUGAAGGAAUGGUGCGAGUAUCACUCGCGACGUCGCUUAACGAACAUUAUAAAUCGGAGAAAUCUUGCCCCGAACAAGGCUUUGUCGUUCACGAACGCUGCGUACUUCAGGAACGAGUGGUUGCAGAAAUUCAAUGACUUGCACACUAAACAAGGCACAUUUCACAGGGAGGAUGGCACGAAAAAACGAGUGCCUGUGAUGAGCGUUGCGGGAUCAUUUCGCUACGGAGAAUUUAAAGAAUUUGGCGCAACUUACGUUGAAUUGCCAUUCAAGCGCGGGAAAGACGACAAACCCAAGGUCAGCAUGUUCAUUGUACUCCCGGACGAGGAGCACGGGCUGGCCCAUGUGGAAAGGAAGUUCCUGAACAUCACCGCGAAGAUACAUGAGAAAUACGGAAACGUCAAAAAUGUUUCGAUUAAACUACCAAAAUUCAGCAUCACAAGCGAUAAGAUUGAUCUCAAAAGCCCCUUGACGCAUCUGAAUCUCGGAAGCUUGUUCGAUCCGUUCGAAGCUAACUUGACAGGAAUAGCCGAAAAGCCUCGAAUUUAUUUCAACGAUGUCGUACAGAGCAGCAUUAUAUUAAUCGAUGAGGGAGGAGUCGAAGCCGCGUCAGGAACGGGAUGCAAUGAAGUACAAUGCGAGUCUUACGAGCCGUUAGUUCCGCCUUGUCAUCCGCCAGCCCCUCGCCCCGAAUACAUACCCUUCGUUGCAGAUCGUCCCUUCUACGUUAUCAUCGGUACAACCGAGGAGUUAAAUUCUGUGGACGUUUUCGUCGCACGGUUCAACGGUUAAAAUUAUAAAUCUUAGCAUAUAUUAAUAGAAUAUUCCAUUUUUUUCGCCAAUAAAUAGAUUAACUGCGAUUUCAUAGGC